GAUCUGCAGCUCGAGAUAUCAGCCCAGGGUCGCGUAGUGGGUGCACUGUUGAGAGCCUACGGCAAAGAAGAGAAAUCGAAGGAAGAACUAGAUUCAACUUGUACUAGCAGCGAAAAUCCUUCAGGAGAUUGUCCUCGAGGAAUUCGAGGCUUGGAGAGGAGGUAUCACCUGUUGUACCUGCGCGCACUUGAGUGGCAGUGUCUGCUGGAAGGACUGCUGGCAUCUUCGAUACCAUCGACACCAUCGUGGGCCUGUUCCCAAUCUGACCACGAAGAAGAACCUUUGCCAAAACAGGCGAGACUCAGCACAGAUUUUAAACGAAAUUCACUGAGGGCGCAGUCGGAUACGAGUGAUGAGGAUGAAUCAUCAGCGCUAACCUGCCCGCCCAAGAGGGCCCCAUCUGGAUCACCUGCAAGUGGCGCCAGUUCCGAGGCGGACGUCGAAUCACUGGACGGAGCUUUGAGGACGGCCAAAAGGAUUUCUAUUAAGGACACGUCUUCAAGCGAUAUGGACACAGACUCAGACUUCAACGAUGACAAGGACUUCGUCCUGACCAAAAUCACCGACACCGUUAUCAAACGUGUGAAAAACAUCGAAAUUUCCAAAUACAACCGAUCGAAUCGAACCGCUGACAACGUGGCCACAUUUUACUUCAAACACAGAGACACCGAUUCCGAAAUCGAUCACCGCAGCAACAGCAACGUUGGCUUGACAGGAUCAGAAUUUGAUGCCGAAGAAUUCGCCAUAAUGUCUUCGGAAAGUGACAACGAAAAACAACAGCAGGACAUGUCGGAGAAACUGGAAAAUAUGGUCAACGGCAACGGGCAGCAUCAUGGUAAAUUGGACAACCAAGUGGAUAAUGCAGGGAAUUUGGAUAAUGCUGUGAAUGAUAACCAAGAAGUCAUUGUUCCUACAGUUAGGAAGAACGCAACGAGGAAGACCCAGGAAAAUAUUAGGAAGCUGGUGCAAGAGGCUGAACAUCUGGUAAGAGAAGAUACUGAUCGCGGAAGAAUUGGAAAACAAGGCAGAUCUCGCAAUUUUGAUAAUGCUUCAAGGAUAAAGGAAUGGCUCCGCAAAUCCAGUUCGCCCUGCGGUCUCUCUACCUCCCCAUCAGGCAGCGCCCCCCUCGACAGUUGCGACGCAUCAGGCGAGUGCACCUCCAGCAGCGACAGCGAAGCCGGAGGAGGCGCCCAUGCAGGAUCGGCCGAGAGCUCAGGCGAACCUUCGGGCUCUGUGGCGACUUACCGGCGUGCUCUUGGAGACUCGCAAGCGACUUCCACGGAAUUGAUCGACACGGAUAGUAAUGGAGCGCCCACUGUUCCUCUGACGGAUGGGGGCAACGGGGGUAGUUCGCCGGAUAGUCCAACUCCAGUUAAGGUUAUUAUGAGAUCUGGUAAGACAUCAGCAACUCGUCCAUGGUCCGUCUCAUGUGUGUCCCAACUUACUCCAAAUGGUGAAAUGUUGAACGUGGAAAAUUUACAAAAUGAAACUACAACUGAUGGAUUACAAAAGAACAAAAUGGCCCAACAAUUCAGUCAUUCGGAAUCGGCUUUGCACAUUUUGGAUAACAUGGCUAGCUAUCAAGGAGAUUUCGGCAGAACGGAUAAUAAAUUCGAUAUCAGGAAGAAAAAGCUCAGGCUGAAGAAAAGACAGGGAAGAAAAAGUGAAUCCAGCAACGAUGCCUACGCAGUCGAAUCAUCGGCCGGACAACACUUUCCAAAACAAGGAAGCCUGGUAAAAUCCCGAUCGUUCUCUGGACACUCUCAGAUCAAUUUAGAACGCAUCCUCUCUUCACCGACCCUCAAACACCUCACUAAUGAAAAGUGCCAUUUAACCACUAUGCCAGUAAAUUUCGAAAUCGGUGGAAAUAUAACAAAUGCACCAAUCCUGGAAAAUAUUGUCACAUCUGAAGAACACAGCAGUAGCUUUUCUGAAGCUUGGGAUAAUUAUCAGGAUAAGUACUUGUCAGAGUCUUAUUCAGAAUGUGUAGAUACUGAGGCAGCAAGGAGGUUAUUAGAUUUUGGUGAGGAUUAUAGGAAUUAUAUAGAUUCACAAUCAGAUUGUUGCUCGUCUUUGUCAAACUUUGGAACAAAUCUAGAUGUUGGCAAUAAGAAGUUCUUGAAAAAUUUGAUAGCUAAUUCACCUGAUUACAUCAGAAAAUCUAUAGAUGAUUAUUCUUUCGAUAAUUCUGAAGACACAGAUCUGGAUUGCCGUAGAAAGAUUAGAUCUGAUUUGCAUCAAAGGCGUCGCUCAAGCAAGGAAAGAAGAAGCUCCAAAUUGACUUCAGAUAGUGACUCAAGUAAAAACUCUUCGAAACGCAAAAAUAGUUGUGGAAUGAAAAAUAAUUUAACAGAUAUGGAAUCCAUGAAAAGGAAAAGUAACAGCAAGCUUAAACUCAAGAUGCGUUCUAAUACGAUGACUGACAGUGAUUCGGAUUUGGAUGAGCUACGAAGACUGGUGACCGAAUCCAAAGUUCAAUUGGACAGAAGCGAAGCCUUGUGGUGCAGCAACGAUCCCAAAUCAGAAAUGGACAGAGGAAUUAUUCUCCAACCAAGGGACUAUGCCGAAAUAAUAUUAACUUGCCGAGAGAACAUCAGAUGUCUGGAAGCAGUCAUGACCAGAGCUUGCGGCGCAAUCCUGACCGAUGUCCAGGGCCAGAAUUUGCGCGAUCUGAUCGCCAGUUGGGACGGAUUACGAAUUCGGGCCGAAGCUUACAUGGAGGCCCGAAAAUUGAGAGGUGCCUUGUUGCUGCUAAGGGCAGCCCUUCGAAGUUUAGGAAAACCUUCUUCGGAGCCGGGAAAUGAGGAGGAAUUGUUAAAUGCCAUGGAAGAACUCAAG